AGUAAUACUAUAUUUAAAAUUAUUUUGUAUAAUAUAUUAUAUAUUUCAGUUUGUGUGUUUUUAUUUUCACUAUAAAGAAACAACAACCAUUGUAAUUAAUUAAUUUAAAUUGAUAUAAAUGUAGUGACAAAAUCUGUAAAUAAAAAAAUACAAAAGGCGAUAUGCCAUUCAUUAUAAAUGCAAUAACCAAAUGUGUAAAUAAAAGAAAGUAAUUAAUCUGCUAUCUAUGUUUAAUUAAUCUGCUAUCCAUGUUUAAUUAAUCUCCUAUUUAUGUUUCCAAACAAUUCUCAUUUAUUUUUUUAUCCUUGUUUUCAAACAGUACUAAAGGUAUUUCAGUUUUAAUAAUAUAUAUAUAUAUAUAUAUAUGUGUGUGUUGUUUUAUUUCAUCACACACUCUAGGAGUUUACUUUCAUGCGGCAUAUACAGAAAUAAUAAUUUUAAAUAUAAUAUUUUUAUUUUAAAUAAAAUUUUAGUUUACAUUUAGAUAUUAUUAUUUUAUAUUUUAACUUCACCUGUUGAAAAAUAUAAAAUCAUAAAUGUAUUUUUUCAGUCUAUUUAUAAAUAGAAAAAAUAUAUUAUUGUGAUUUAAGAAAAAUGGUACGUAUCACAAUUAUAUUGAUGUUAUGUUAUUUUUUGAGAUUGAAUAUAGUGAUGGACAUGCAAAUGUUUUUUCACAAUAGUAAUGUUUAGGGGAUUAAAACAAUUUGGGCCGGUAACUGGUCCGGUAAUAAUAUUAAACUGAGACUACUUAAACCGAUCAAUUUAAUUUAUCGGUUAUGAUAAACCAAGGAGUAAUAAAUCGGGUUUAUACUUCCGUUGGGAAAACAGAGGACAAAAACCUCCUCUCGCUUUGAAACGAGAGAGAACCUAAAACCCUAAAAGGUGCUCGCUUUUCUCUGCUUCUAUAGUUGGAAACAACAGUGUUCGCAUGAGUCCUCCUCUCUUCUGGGCAGCUUCGAAUUCGCCAUAGUAUUCGAAAUACUCUGUUUACCUCUACUUUGAAAAAGAAGAAUCUUUACUUAGCAAUGGCUGGGAUUCUCCGAAACGCGUCUUUACUGAGACGCUCUCUCUUCUCCUCUGAGGUGUUUACUAGAGCUGUGGUUGGCACAUCGUCUCAGCAUCGAGGUUUUGCUGCCAAAGCUAAGAAGAAGUCUAAGUCUGAUGGAAAUGCAUCGUCUGAGGAAGGUAUGUCGAAGAAGGAGAUUGCUCUUCAGCAAGCACUUGAUCAGAUAACUAGCUCGUUUGGCAAAGGCUCCAUCAUGUGGCUCGGUCGUGCUGUUUCUCCCAGAGAUGUCCCCGUUUACUCUACCGGGUCUUUUGCCCUCGAUGUAGCACUAGGAGUUGGUGGCCUUCCUAAGGGACGUGUUGUGGAGAUAUAUGGUCCUGAAGCAUCUGGGAAAACAACACUUGCUCUUCAUGUUAUUGCUGAAGCACAGAAACAAGGAGGAACCUGUGUAUUUGUAGAUGCGGAGCAUGCUCUUGACUCGUCACUUGCUAAGGCAAUUGGUGUAAACACAGAGAAUCUGCUUCUAUCACAGCCUGAUUGUGGUGAACAGGCCCUUAGUCUUGUAGACACUUUAAUCCGAAGCGGUUCGGUUGAUGUGAUUGUUGUUGACAGUGUAAGUAAGGUGGCUGCUCUUGUACCUAAAGGAGAACUUGAGGGAGAGAUGGGUGAUGCUCAUAUGGCUAUGCAAGCCAGAUUGAUGAGCCAAGCUUUGCGUAAACUAAGCCACUCUUUGUCGUUGUCCCAAACACUUCUCAUCUUUAUAAACCAGGUGAGAGCAAAGCUUUCUACAUUCGGAGGAUUUGGAGGUCCAACAGAAGUAACAUGUGGUGGGAAUGCCCUGAAGUUUUAUGCUUCUAUGCGUCUGAAUAUCAGGCGAGUGGGACUUGUCAAGAAAGGCGAAGAUACAAUAGGAAGUCAAGUUGCUGUGAAGAUAGUGAAGAACAAACUGGCACCACCGUUUAGAACAGCGCAGUUUGAGCUUGAGUUUGGGAAAGGAAUCUGCAAGGUCACGGAGAUAAUCGAGCUUAGCAUUAAGCACAAGUUCAUUGCCAAAAACGGAACGUUCUACAAUGUAAACGGGAAGAACUACCAUGGGAAAGAGGCGUUGAAGAAGUUUCUGAGACUUAAUGAACCUGUUCAAGAAGAGCUCAUGACCAAGCUCAAAGAGAAGCUUAUCGUUGAUGAAGCUGCAGAUAAGGAGUCUGAAUCUGAGGAAGAAGAAGAUUCUGGUCGAGUUUUGGUUUCUUCUGAGAGCACAGAUGAUGAAGCACCAGCUCCGGUUGCUGCUGCUGCUGCAGUAGUUGAAUCAUGAUCAGUCACCUCCGGUUAAGGAUAAUAUUCUACUUUUGGUUUAGUUUUUUUUGGUUUAAUGUGGAUUGGGUUCGGUUUCACUCUCCCCGUGUAAUUUAGUGUGAGCUAAUCUUUUUUAUCUGAUGUGACAUGAAUUAGAUCUUGUACUUCGAUUAAGAUGUGCAACCGAUAUAAAGCACAUAAAGAUUAAACAAUCAAUCUAAGGC